AUGUGGUCUUCAAAGCUUUUUUUCUUAAUAGGCCUAGGAACAAUGGCAUAUCUCCUUCGGAAACGACUCCAAAAACAACCUCAAUCUCAAAGAUUUCCACGACAUGCCACUAUAGACUGCACUAAAAAGCCUCGAGGAGAUUCCAAGGUCUCGAGUAAAAAAAGACUUUACCCUACCCUUUUUGAUCCUGAUCUAAAAAAGAGGGCUCUUGUGAACCAGAGGCUCGUCCGAAUAUUUGGUUUACACAACGCCUUCACAACGGAAGACAAGGAGCACUACGAGAGGCAGAAUUUUGAGGAGAGUUUAGCAAGAUUCUUUAAAGCCCCAAAUUUUAACACUUUCGGGUAUGGUGACCAGAACUUUGCCUCAGUCGCAUUUAUUGUAAAUGAAGCUCUGAGAUUGUAUCCUCCAACGCGACGGAUCUCUAGGCAAACGGAAUCUGGUAUUGUAAAGGUCGACAUUGAGGGAAAACAUCGGGAUCCGGAAAUUUGGGGUGCGGAUGCUUCUUGUUUUCGCCCUAAUCGGUGGAUUGAAAUUCAGAACGAAGAAAAAUUGGCAUUUAUCCCAUUUGGCGCUGGAAAAUUUGAAUGUCCAGCGAAAAGGACUGUUGGACCUAUGAUGAUCGGUCUGCUCGUUGCGAGUCUUACGACAGUAAUUGGAGAUGGGUUUACUUUAUGCGAAGAAUUAAAUGAUGGUCCUCUUCCCAAUGAACGAGAAGCCCUCAAGGAUUUGAAGCUUUUAUACCAUUAA